AUGGCACCCCGACGACUUCCUCCCCCCUAUCACCUGCGCUCGAAAGUAACAUCCCUGGAGGAGAGAUUUAAACGUUUAAACGUUGAAAGCGAAGACAAACAUUUCCGAAAAUUUUCUCAGAGUGUUCCACCUCGUCUUGUUGAAAGAUACUUGGAGAUCCUGGAGGAGCUUUUCAAACAUUUCAGGGUAGCGCCCGGAAAUCUGGAAUUGGGAGCACUGACUUUGAAGGUUGCCACUGGGGUGAUCAUCCUGGCAUGGGACAAAAUAAGUUCGGCCUUUGGCGCUAAAGAAAACAAGUCUAUAGAAGAUAAAUUCGUCGAGCUCGCUUUCCUCAGACGUUACCCAGAUUACUAUGAAAACGAACAAAUCGAUUGGGAAGCGAGAGCUUCGAUUUUCAGUGUUUCUUUAGACCAGGGCCGCUCCAUUUUGGAACGCGCGACUGAGCCUAGCACCGUGGCCGUCGAUGUUGUUCGAAAGGGCUAUCUCUCAGAUUAUGUCGGACGCGAUGAAAUUGUCACCCCGAUCCUCAGCACCCUGAACGAAAACGCAUCAUCAUGGCGACCAGAGGAAUAUCAUGCGCCCUACACAUCUCUCAUUGGGCCAACGAUGAUUGGCAAAACACGCUUGCUGAUGGAACUGGCAGAUGAAAUUUGUGUAGUCUACAUUUGCCUACGUCUCCCAAAUUCCAGUGGAGAACCAAAACGAUCCCAGCUUGCAACCGAAAUGCUCGAGACACCCCUCGGCGCAGAUCUCGAAGUUUACUAUGUCCAACUUAUCACUGCAAUCCUAUCUGUCACUAUCAAAUUUUUUCAGUCUGCCUCAAAAAGAAAGGAUCGCAAAGAAUUAUUUCGAGCAUGGUACCAGCACCACAAUUCACCCAACACAAAAUUCUACUCAAACGUCCAAUCGGAAUUAAAAAGAUUGACCGGCAAGAACGAUGCGGUCCACCAGCUUAUCCUUGCAGCUGAAAAACUUGGGAAGACCCACAUCCUGAAAAGCUCUCCAUUGAAGGUAUUACUGGCAAUUGACGAGGCUAACACGUUGCUUGACAAACCAAAAAAUCGAACGGUAUCUUCUGAAAACCAAAGUGAAGAGCCGCCACUGUUCCGCUUUUUCCGCCGCGCCUUGAGAAAUGUGCCAGACAGCUCUGGUUUCUUUGCUAUCUUGGUUGACACAAAUUCCUGUGUGGCCAAUUUCAGCCCAAGAACUGAAGAUGACCCCAGCUGCCGAUCUAUAGGCACCCGCGCUGAACCGUUCAAGCUGUACCCCCCUAUCUAUGAAUUACGCACCAUGGACCGGAUGGUCCCUGCCGACCCACCGAGAAGCUGGGCAGAAUUGUUCUUGCCUGAGCGGCUUUGUAGUUAUGGGGUUCCUUUCUUUGGUUCAUACCUGAAAACAAAGAUGAGGGCAAACCUCUCUGUAGCUGUUGAUAAAAUGGCUCGAUUUGCUUUGAAUAAACUUCUUUGCUCCUUCAAGGAGGGCCCCAUCAAAAUAACUGAAUCUCGGGCACUUGCCUUACUCGGUCCAACAAUUGGUGUUCCUCUACAUGGCCAGGCACGUCUAAAUUCUCAGCUGAUGGCGUCUCAUGCGGCACAUUGCGGCUACAUUGAUGCAAACCGCGAUUCUCAAUAUGCCUUCUAUCCAUCGCAGCCAAUAUAUGCAUUAGCUGCUAACUACUAUCUUCAGACAAAUGAGGAUGUACUGAUAUCAUGUAUCAAUUCUCUAACCGCCGUCUUAUCUCAAGGUGAUGUUGGUCCGGGAGAUGCUGGUGAAAUUGCAAGCAGAAUCAUCCUACUUUGCGCCAUGAACAAAACUGCAGCUGAUAUGAAGACUGCAAAGGAAACCUCGGCCGAUCUUAUAGGCGUGAAACACAUAUCAUUUCCCGAUCCAGUUCCAGUGAUCAAAUUCUUGGAGACUCUUACUGGAAUAUCGGCACACGAGCUACCUCUUGGCUCAAUUGAUGCCAAUCACAAGCGUAAAUUGCUCGAGCAUGGAAUGAUGUUCUGGAAUCAUUUCAUGCAUUUCUCGGAGAGGCCGACGACUGAAUCGAUGCUUGAAUGCCUGCACAGAGGAUUGGCCUUACAAUGUCGGUCAAACCAAGAAGCGUUUGACCAAGUCUUGACAAUCUACCUGAAAGACCAAUUUGAAGAUGAGUUGGAUGAGGCAAAUGUCACAUUUUGUGGCAUACAGGUCAAAAACCGCAAGUAUGACUCUGAAUUGAAGAAUUCCCAGGGUAAGAUGAAUCCCGAAAAAGCCAAGAUUGAAAUCAAAGAAAAAACAAACCCCUACCUCUCCCUAUACUUUACCUUGCAAAACACUCCCCCAAAGAAGAAGGAAAAUUACAAAAGACAAGACAAUUACAAAUUACCCUCUAAUGGACCACCAGAUUAUCGGCAGGCGUCUUUAGUAUUCUAUGGACUUGAUUCGUUUCAUUUUCUUAGCCCGGGAUUGAAGGAGGCCUUGAAGCAGCUCAUUGAUAUUCGCACAGAUCUUGUAUCACGACAUGGAAAACGUAAACAAGGACUUGAUUAUGUGACAGACUUUUUUCUGCGCUCUACUGCUCGUCGUCUCAAUUAA